UCCCUCCCACAAAACCCAAAAAAACAGAAAGCCCAAAAGACCAUUUCUCUUUUAAAAAGAAGCCACCUUUUUACUCUCUAUAAUUAUUUGGAUUUGCAACUCCGCCUAAACAUGCAAAUCAACCCCCCAAAGUUCUUCUGCAGCAUCAUCAACUUAGUUUGAGUCUUUGAGUGUAGGCCCUAUUUUGCCUGUUGAAAUGAAGGCAAAACUGAAAACAGAGAAAAAGGCUUUAAGUCCAGUUUCUUCAAUGGCUUCUUCAAAUUAUACAAAAAGGAGAAGUUUCAGUAGACCCUCUUGGCUUCUUUGCACCGUUGCUGAUUUGGAUGAGAAGAUGAACAAGGUGGCUCUUAAAAUCCCAGAAAAAGGCAGUCCAGACAGUUUUGCGGAACGCGCUGAUGCCUAUUACCAGAAACGACCACAGCUUAUGGCCUUGCUACAAGAACUGUACAAUAGCUAUGUCUCUUUAGCUGAUCGCUACUGCCAAGCACUAGCCAAGAACCAUAAUCAUCGUCGAUAUUCAUCUCCAAUUCCACCAUUAAGUUACAAUGAAAAUGGUUAUUGUGAUGAGGAAGAGUAUAGUGGAGAGAUCAUUGAUUCUGAUGCUGAGAGUUCUUUAUCAUUUCAGCCUUCCUUUCCACCUUCAACACAAGACAAAUUUGAUAUUGAAAUGAUUGUUGCUGACUUGGUGAUCAGAAAUGUGGACUAUGAUUUCGUCCUAGAUGAGCUUAAUCAAGUGGAAAGACAGAACAAUGAGUCAUCAAGGAAGAUAGAGUUGCAGAAGAGUUUACUGGAUGUGAUGGAAUCAGAGAGGUUGAUUCUGUUAAAUGAGAAUGCUAGAUUGGGAUACAAAGUGGCUACGUUAAUGGAGGAAAACAAGGCGGUGUCUUCAGAAUCUUUGUUCAUGAAGAGGAAGGUUGCUGAGCUUGCGGGGUGCAUAUUGAAGAUGAGGGAGGAUCAUAGGGUUUGCAUGCUAAGUCGAAAGAUUGAGGAUCUUCAAGGACAAAUAUAUGGGCUGGAGAAGAGGAACAAAGAGUAUUAUGAUCAGCUUGUGAAGCAUGAAGAAGAGAAGACGCGUAGGUCCAAAUCAAUGAAGGUUAAAGGAGAAGUUAACAUGAAAUAUUGCUUUAAAGUUCCUGAAGAUGUUGUUGCUGGGAUUACUAGGAGCUUUAGUUUUGGAAAUCUGAAAAAGGGUGGUGGUGAACAGAAAGUAAAUGCUAAUGCUGAAGUUAAGAAGAAAGUUCCUAAGUUGUGGGAUAGGGUCAAGAAGUUUGAUAUCUUCUUUUGUGGACCUAAUUUCAACACAGUUUAUUGCUGAUGAAUGGGCAAUCUAAAUGUUUACUAGAUUGAUAUUAUAACUUUACUAGUAUACCGUUAAUUGGGCAGAGAGAGAGAGAGAGACUUGACUCUUGUAUUUUGUACGUUCUACUCCACCCUUUUAGCAGGAUAUGAAUGACAUAUGAAGAAAACUUUGAUUGCUGCCCUAAUGACAGAUAGUUU